UCUAGUUGAGUCAGCUGACUCCGAACAGCAAUAAAUAUUUCAGAGAUUAUGACAACACUGUACCUGUAUUAUCUAAUUAUUCAUCAAUAAUAAUUGAAUUUAUUAAAAAAAAAUAAAUAAAUAAAUAAAGAAAAUAUGAGACGCAAAGCAGGAAUUGGAGCUAUUCAUAAGCAAAAAUUAGAACAAGAGAAGUACAAAGAUAAAGGUACAGCAAUUCAAGAGAAUCAGUUUGAACAGAUGACCAAACAUAUGGAGAUGUUUCGAACAAAUCUUGAAGAGUUUGCAACCAAGCACAAGAAUGAAAUUAAGAAAAAUGCUCAGUUUCGUAGACAGUUUACGGAAAUGUGCGCGUCAAUAGGUGUAGAUCCGCUGGCUUCAGGAAAAGGUUUCUGGUCAGUACUAGGAAUCGGAGAUUUCUAUUACGAGUUAGCGGUACAGAUUGUCGAAGUUUGUCUUGCGACAAAUUAUAAAACUGGUGGUUUGAUAUCCCUCGACGAGCUCAGGGACCGGCUGAUUCAAGCCAGAGGCAGGCGGAAAGAACACCAAGAGAUAACUAACGAGGAUUUAUUGGCAGCGGCUAAAAAAUUAAGAAUAUUUGGCAGCGGGUUUUCAGUUUUGCCAAUUGGCCGGGGAAAAUAUUUAGUGCAGUCGAUACCCGGCGAGCUCAGUAUGGACCACACGGCUGUGCUUCAGCAAACAAGCAUCGCCGGGAAUGCUUACACCUCAGUUUCAUUAUUGGAAAGUGAACUUAAAUGGGAACGCGAUAGAGCGCAAAAAGCUCUUGAUCACAUGGUUAAACUAGGACUUGCUUGGCUUGAUGACCAGGAUGAAAAUGGAAAGCUUUAUUGGUUCCCCAGUUUAUUCACGGCGUGUGUCAAUUCUAAUUCUUGCUAAUUAUUAAUUACUAAAGUAUACUCUCAUAAACUAUAAUAUAAUAAUAAUAAUAAUAAUGAUAAGUUUACCACUACUUGCGGUUGAAAUGAAUUUAAAGCUCUGUCACCUUGCACCUUCACCAUGAUCGUAUCUGAAUAACAUUUUAACAUUUAUAUGGAUUAAUAUAAUUAUAUCAAUGCAAUAAAUAAAUUAAGUAACGUACCUUGCAAGCGUUUAAAUCUUGUUGAAGACUUUCUACUAUCGUUUCAUACUCUUGGAUGAUUAAAUUUUUUUCGUCAGCGCUAAAAUUAAAAUAAGUACGAAAGUGACUGUCAAGAAUAAGUACAACAUAUAAUUUUAUUUUAUACAACUAAUAACUAAUGUAUCUUAAUAAAAUAUUUUGACAUUUAUGGU